CCCUGGGGGGGGAGCACUCGAGCGUCUCCCGCGGCCCCCCCGCUCCUACGCGCGGGCGCGGUGGCUGAGGGGUGCCGUCCCCCCGGCCGGUCCUUGGCGGGCGGCCUGAGGGGACCCCCGUCGCUGCUGUCCCCGCGGUUCGCUCACGUCGCCCUCACGCCACCAGCUCCGCAGCAGGCGUGCAGGUUCCCCCUCCCCGCGGGCUUAGGCCCGUGAGCGGUUAGCCGGGGCGCCCCCCGGGCGGGCCGGUAGCGCGUCGGCGGGGCCCUGGGGGGAGGGGCCGCCCCGGCCCCCGCUCGGUGCGGGGGAGCCACGAGACAAGCCGCUGAAAGCGGGCGAGGGUUCCGUGGUGUGCUUCGGGGCGCGGGGUGUGUGUGUGUGUCUUGCUUUUUCUGAGGCUCCUUCAACGUUUCUUGGGUUUAUGUUACAUAUUUUUUGGUAACACUUUCAAAAGUUCUGGAUCUGCCACCAGAAAGUUUAAUAAAGUCCAUAUCUGCAGUUCCUGUCUCCAAAAAAAGGCAUGUUGCUGAUUUCCAGCUUUCCAUUGCUUCUGUAACAGAUAACAGUUCUAGUGGUUGCUUAGCCCGAGACCUUCAUCUUCAAGCUGAGAAGCUAGCUGAAAGGCUAAAAUGUGAUGCUGUAGUCAGUGAAAUCAGCGCUGGUCCAGGAACAGUGAACUUCAUGAUAAACAGGGAAUUGUUAGCAAAGACUGUGUUGCAUCAGGUGUUGAAAGAUGGCUUAGAGUAUGGACUGAAGAGUGAACUUUUCUCUGCAGUGCCUAGACAAAAGGCAGUGAUUGAGUUCAGCUCCCCUAAUAUUGCCAAAAGGUUUCACAUAGGACAUUUGCGUUCCACAAUAGUAGGGAAUUUUAUAGCAAAUCUCAAAGUUGCACUGGGACAUGAAGUAAUAAGAAUAAAUUACCUUGGUGACUGGGGCAUGCAGUUUGGCUUAUUGGGUGUUGGUUUUCAAUGCUUUGGCAACAAAGAAAAGCUAAAAUCCAGUCCUUUACAACACCUUUUUGAGGUAUAUGUGCAGAUUAACAAAGCAGCAGAAGAUGAAAACACAAAAAAGCUGGCUAAGGAUUUCUUUAGAAAACUGGAGGAACAUGAUGAGCAGACGUUGUCACUUUGGAAACAAUUUAGAGACUUCAGUAUUGAGGAGUAUGUCCGAAUUUAUAAGCGUCUAGGAGUGCACUUUGAUGAAUAUUCUGGAGAAUCUUUUUACCAAGAGAAGUCCCAGGAAGUUCUAAAGAUGUUGGAGGAUAAAGGACUCCUUCAGAAAACAAUAAAGGGGACAGGAAUUGUGGAUCUUUCGGAAAAGAAAGACCUCUCAUCGUUUUCCACCGUCAUGCGUAGUGAUGGGACAUCUCUUUAUAUAACAAGAGAUCUUGCUGCUGCUAUAGACCGAAUGAAUAAGUAUAGCUGUGAUACUAUGAUUUAUGUGACAGAUAAAAGUCAAAGUAAUCACUUUCAACAUUUAUUCCAAAUACUGAAGCUCAUGGGUUAUGACUGGGCAGAAAGGUGCCAGCAUGUGUCUUUUGGUCUAGUUCAAGGGAUGAAGACUCGGAGAGGAGAAGUAAUUUUCCUGGAAGACGUUUUAAAUGAAGUUCGCUCAAGGAUGUUACAAAACAUGGCUUCCGCAAAAACAACCAAAGAGACAGAAAACCCUAUGGAAACAGCAGAGAAAGUUGGUCUUGCGGCACUAAUAAUUCAGGACUUCCGAGGCCUUCUGUCAUCUGACUAUCAGUUUAGCUGGGAUCGAGCUCUUCAAAGUCGUGGAGAUACAGGCGUGUUCUUGCAGUACACUCAUGCCAGACUCCAUAGUUUAGAACAGAUGCAUGGGAAAGUGCAGCUAACUGACAUUAAUGUGGCGUGCUUGCAAGAGCCAGAUGCCAUCUCUGUUCUUCAGCAUCUUCUCAGGUAUGAUGAGGUGCUGUAUAGAUCUUCUCAGGAUCUGCAACCCAAGCACAUUGUCAGCUACCUCCUCACGCUUAGCCAUCUUGCGGCCGUGGCACAUAAAACCCUCCCUGUGAAAGCCAGCGCCCCUGAACUAGCGCAGGGAGAAGAGGGUUCGCUGCCCGGCUGGUGGAACAGGAACCGCCGCGCUCCCUCAGCACCACACGGGCGGUCAGACAGGGCCGGUGCCGUUUGACGCUGAACCGUCUCACUGCUGAAGAGAUGUGGAGCAUCACAGGGAAGGAAGGUAGCGCAGGUGGCUGCUUCAGCCUCUGGAAUAUCUGACCGUGCCCACCAUCACCAAAGCCUGCGCUCACCAGCGUGGCACUUUGCCUUUUGCCAGCUGUUCUGUCCAUCUAGAACAGCGUGCCGCCAAAGAGAAGCAUCCUCUCCCGCUGGAACAGAAUUUAAGCGUGUUUGUGACUGCUGUGUUGAGUACGCCCCACUUCGCUUUCAAGUAAAAUGCAGCUGGUUGACUCAUGUCUGAAGGAAUCUAACCAGGAUACAAACUUAGUCACAUUUUUUACUUCACUUUGAAUGCAACUAAGUUGCACCGAAGUCAGUUUUUCCCUCAGUUCUGGAAAGGUUGAACUGAGUGAGGCCUCAGAAAAUGAUCGAGUUGGUUGAAAUUAUACAGUUGUCGCUCAUAAAUUAAAUCAAAGCCUAACAUGCACAAC